AUGCCCGAUGGAGAGUUUUGGGGUAUCAAUAACUUUCUCAAUGAGGACGGUACAAGAACGUUUCAACUAAUGCGACAGUAUGGGUUUGAUUGGCAUUUCUACGUUGGAAAUGAGACCGAUUACACAAACCGAACGACACCUUGGGAGGGGGGUGCAUUGGACUUCAGCUGGGACAAUAGAGCUAAUCCUUGGGUUGCGCCGAUUGAUCAGACUCCUGAACCGGCCCGCUCUCAGCUAUCUCUCUGGAUUCCCCCUUACGUGCUUCCUGACUCGGCGGGCUUCGACGGAUGGCUAACCUUCGCCAAGCCGAUCUACAACCUAACCAAGGACUACAUAGGGAUUCAGGGAUCCGAUAUGUCCUUGUCGUGGUUUGAGGGGCCGUUGAGACGCUAUGCUCAAUACAUCCCGUACAGAUCGGCGAUAUACGUGUUUGGACUGUAUCCCGGCAAAGACGAGAUAGUUGGAGCCUCUACGAUAGCGAGCCGAGAGCUCAUAAAGAGCGCCGCGGAAGGCAACCCGGAUCCAGCGCUCAACCGCCUUUUGACCAUUCCCGAGCUUGCCGCAAAUAGCUCUGUUUGGGAGCCUGUAUCUGCCCUCUAUAAAUACCUUCUCGCAACGUCCGAUGGUUCGCUCUACAAAUUUGUUGGCGACUAUCCCGGCACUUCCAUUCAGCUAAAACUGUCUGACGGGCAAUACAUUGUUCAAGUCGAGCAAAUACAAACAUACAAUUUGAACUGGGGCAUCGUGCAUAUAGUCUCGCAAGACGACAUCCUCGAAGAGCUGCACGCUAGCAAUACCAAAACCAUUGGAACAGUCAUUGGGGUUGUCGGCGCGGGUUGCGCUGUCGGGAUUCUUUUCACAUAUUUCUUGUCAAAAGCGCUGUAUAUGAUCACACGAGAUUUGGUUCUCCUAUCCGACUUCAAAUUUAAAGACGUACUCCAAAAGGAUUUGGAUAAAGAGACUGGAAUGCGUCGACCACAGUAUAGUCGAAUCGCUGAGCUAUGGCAAAUCCAGCGCGCGUUUCACAAGAUGGUGGUUACGUUUGCCGAUGCCGUUGCUCAAAAUAAGCGGUUCAACGCUGCUGAACAACGCCGUACAAUGUCCAUGUCUUCUGCGCAGCCGGCGUCUCCCAGGAGUGAACUAUGAGCGCGAGAGGGUAGCAGUUGUCUGCACGGGUUGAACCUUGGAAUAACAUUCCAGAGCAAAUACAUUACUCCCUUGUUCCUGGC